UUCUUCAGUGAACGGAAAUGUAGAUUGUUGUGGGUCCGGUCCGAUUGAUUUUUCAUAGCGCCAAAAGUAGAGAGUUAUUGCUUCAGCCUUAGUACAGAAGUAAUCAAUUCACAAAAAGGGUUUUUCUUCUUUGGUAAGAGCAAACGGAGUUACUCCAUCGAUGACGCAGUUUUUUCUCUACUCGGUCUUCUUCAUCUUCAUCUCGUUGUCAAGCUUCCUUAUCAGUUCCUCUGGUUCUAAACACAUUACCGAUAUUAACACUAGAAAACAGACUCCAUCGCCGGAUUCGCUUCAACAAUCCACGUCCUCCUUGAUUUUCCCUGUUUCUGGCAAUGUUUAUCCUGAUGGGUACUAUCAUGCAGAGCUCAAAAUAGGCAAUCCACCGAAACCUUACCAUCUCGAUAUUGAUUCUGGCAGUGACCUUACCUGGCUCCAAUGUGAUGCUCCUUGUGAAAAUUGUACUCCGGCCCCUCACGAGCCUUACAAACCUAGGAAAGAUGUACUAAUUAAGUGCGUUGAUCCAGUGUGUGCUACUGUGAAUUCACACGCUAACCAGCCAUGUGACAACCAGGAAGAGCAGUGUGACUAUCAGGUUGAGUAUGCUGAUCAAGGCGUGUCUAUGGGAGUAUUGGUAAAGGAUGUUUUCCCACUUAGGUUCGCCAUUGGUGAUGUUCACGAUCCCCAUCUAGUAUUUGGCUGCGGCUACAAUCAAGAAUUUCCCAACUCAGUUCAUCCUCCUUACACUGACGGUGUUCUUGGUCUUUCAAAAGGCAAAUUAAGCAUUGUGUCUCAACUUCACGAUUUAGGACUAGUUCAGAAUCUGAUGGGUCAUUGCCUAAGCACGAAAGGAGAUGGAUUUCUUUUCAUUGGAGAUGAUGGUGUAGUUCCUUCAUCUGGAGUGAGCUGGUUACCAAAUUUGAGCAAUUCUUUGGAGAACAUGUAUUUCAGUGAACAUUACAGAAUUGGACCGGCAGAUCUUCUAUAUGGUAGGAAGUCAACUGGUGUGAAAGGAAUUCCUCUAGUUCUUGAUAGUGGAAGCACUUAUAGCUACUUCACUUCUGAUGCUUAUGGAGCUACUCUGUCAAUGUUGAAGAAGGAUGUAAAGAAGUUAAAAGAUGCUGAAGAUGAUGGAAGCCUCCCAGUUUGUUGGAGAGGUUCCAAACCAUUCAAAUCUAUUAAUGAUGUAGACAAGUAUUUCAAGCCUAUUGUAUUGAGUUUCCCCAAAGCCAAACAUGCACAGAUUGAAGUCCCUCCCGAAGCCUAUCUUAUCAUCUCGGAGCAUGGAAAUGCUUGUUUUGGCAUGUUGAAUGGUUCAGAAGUGGGGCUUGGGAAUUUCAACAUUAUUGGAAAUAACUUUUUGCUAGACAAAAUGAUCAUAUAUGACAAUGAAAAUCAACGAAUUGGUUCGAUCUCUUCAAACUGCCACAGUCUUCCCAGGAACGAAGAACAAUCGAGUUAUCUAGCCGAUGAACUGUAACAAAACCUUGGAGCAUCAACACAUAGUCAAUGGUCAUAUUUGGAAAAAGAAAAGAAAAAGAGUUUGUUUCUGAAUUUUGAUCCGAACUUGUAGAGAAACUGUAUCUGAACCUGAGGGAAAAUUCAGGUACACCUUGUUUCCAAAUGUGAUCCCAUCUAGAUUCACAUGGGAACUGUUGUAUAAAAUUACAUAGAUGCUAAGUAAGGCAGAAAAUAACAAACAUAUAUGAGACCACUUGUUGGGGUCCAAACAUGCUUCCUUGUAACUCAA